AGAAUGGAGUCAAAUAGCCCAAUUUUCUCAAGAAAAAUAAACCCCUGAACAUCAAAAGCCCCAGUCUAUCGUCAACUGCUGCUUAGCCUUCGUCAAACAAGCUGAACUCACCGAAGCUCAAGCCCCAGCACACCCGAGUGACGUCACCAAUACUCAUCACGCCAGCAGCUCCUCCUCUCCACUCCAGCUCUUUAUAUACCUCACGCGACACCCCUCUUUCUCUCAAUUCUUCAUACUCUCUCUCGAUAAUCUAUCCUCCUCUAUCGAAUAUACGUCUAGACAUAUCUCCAACCAAACUCUCAACUCUAUACACUUCAAAUACACCUCAUAUACUCACCACAAUGCGCGCCAACGACCCUACCAACAAGAUCUUCUACAAGGGCAAGUCUGACGACUUCAUCGUAUUCGUCAAUGAUGCCACUACACUGAAGAACUGGAAGAACGAUUCCACAAUCCCACUUUCCGACGUCGUGAACGGGUGGAAGAUCUUCGUCACUCACAACCACGGCUCUCAAGGAGUCCUCGAUGGCGCGAGCAAAGCCAGCCUUGAGAACGAAUUCGGCACUCACAAUGACGAGGAGUGCGUGAAGAAGAUCCUCGAGGGUGGGGAGCUGCAAGGGUAUACUCAACGGGAACGAGGCGGAAAUACCAACGUCCAGAACGGACCUCGUGGUGCCGGUAUUCAAACCUGAUGGCUGUUAGCGGAGCGGUUCU